AUGGCUGCGCCGCGCACCGCGUCCCCGCGCCGCCCGCCGGAGCUGCGCCGGCCCCGGCUCCUGCUGCCGUUGUUGCCGCUUCUGCUACUGUUGCCGCUGCCCGCACCAAGCCGGGGUCUGGGCCACUCGGCUGAACUGGCAUUUGCUGUGGAGCCAAAUGAUGGAAUUGCAGUCCCUGGACAGUCCAUAGUGCUGGGCUGCAGAGUGGAGGGGACCCCUCCAGUGCAGGUCUCCUGGAGGAAGAACGGAGCAGAGCUGCCUGAGGGCACCCACUCUACCCUCCUGGCCAACGGGUCCUUGCUGAUCCACCACUUCAGGCUGGACCAGGAAGGUGGCCCUUCAGACGAGGGAGACUAUGAGUGCGUGGCUCAGAACCGCUUUGGGCUGCUGGUCAGUCGGAAGGCCCGUAUCCAGGCUGCAACCAUGUCAGACUUCCACGUGCACCCCCAGGCCACCAUGGGUGAGGAGGGUGGUGUAGCCCGCUUCCAGUGCCAAAUCCAUGGGCUUCCCAAGCCCCUUAUCACAUGGGAGAAGAACAGAGUCCCCGUUGACACGGACGAUGAGAGGUACACAUUACUGCCCAAGGGGGUCUUGCAGAUAACAGGACUUCGGGCUGAAGACAGCGGUGUCUUCCACUGUGUGGCCUCAAACAUUGCCAGUGUGCGGGUCAGCCACGGGGCCAGGCUUACUGUAUCAGGCUCAGGCUCCGGGGUCUACAAGGAGCCCACCAUCCUGGUGGGGCCUGAGAACCUCACCCUGACAGUGCACCAGACUGCGGUGCUCGAGUGUGUCGCCACGGGCAACCCGCGCCCCAUUGUGUCCUGGAGCCGCCUGGAUGGUCGCCCCAUUGGGGUGGAGGGCAUCCAGGUGCUGGGCACGGGAAACCUCAUCAUCUCGGAUGUGACCGUCCAGCACUCAGGUGUCUAUGUCUGUGCGGCCAACAGGCCUGGCACUCGGGUGAGGAGGACAGCCCAGGGCCGGCUGGUGGUUCAAGCCCCAGCAGAGUUUGUCCAGCAUCCCCAGUCCAUCUCCAGGCCGGCUGGAACCACGGCCAUGUUCACCUGCCAAGCUCAAGGUGAACCACCCCCUCAUGUCACAUGGUUGAAGAAUGGACAAGUGCUGGGGCCGGGAGGCCACGUCAGGCUCAAGAACAACAACAGCACACUGAGCAUCUCUGGAGUUGGUCCUGAAGACGAGGCCAUCUACCAAUGUGUGGCUGAGAACAUUGCUGGUUCAUCCCAAGCCAGCGCCAGGCUGACCGUGCUGUGGGCUGAGGGGUUGCCAGGCCCCCCACGCAAUGUUCGCGCUGUCUCUGUGUCCUCCACCGAGGUUCAAGUAUCUUGGAGUGAGCCUCUAGCCCACACCAAGGAGAUCAUCGGCUAUGUUUUGCACAUCAGGAAGGCUGCUGACUCACCCAAGCUGGAGUAUCAGGAAGCUGUUAGCAAGAGCACCUUCCAGCAUCUGGUCAGAGAUCUCGAGCCCUCCACGGCCUACAGCUUCUACAUCAAGGCCUACACACCAAGGGGGGCCAGUUUAGCCUCUGUCCCCACCCUGGCCAGCACCCUGGGGGAAGCCCCCCUCCCGCCCCCGCUAUCGGUGCGGUUGCUGGGCAGUUCCUCUCUGCAACUGCUGUGGAAGCCUUGGCCACGGCUGGUCCAACACAAUGGGGGCUUCAAGCUGUUUUACCGUCCAGUCAGCGCAGCCUCCUUCACCGGCCCCAUCUUGCUCCCUGGGACCGUCUCCUCUUACAACCUCAGCCAGCUUGACCCCAGCACCGUGUAUGAGGUGAAACUCCUCGCCUACAACCAGCAUGGAGACGGGAACGCCACCGUCCGCUUCGUGUCUUUAAAGGGAGCCUCUGAGAGGACAGCCUUGAGUCCCCCCUGUGACUGCUGGAAAGAAGAUGUCACCAACCAUACAUCCACCACAGGCAUUGUCAUCGGCAUCCACAUCGGAGUCACCUGCAUUGUCUUCUGUAUCCUCUUCCUCCUGUUUGGCCAGAGGGGCAGGGUCCUCCUAUGUAAGGAUGUGGAAAACCAGCUCUCCCCUCAGGGUCCCCGGAGUCAGAGGGACCCUGGUAUCCUGUCCCUGAAUGGAGUGAGCCGAGGAGAGGGGGGCCAGCUCGGCCGAGAUGAGAAGCAUAUGGAUGCCAAGGAGUUGGAGCAGUUGUUCCCCACAGCUGGACCAGCUGGGCAGCCAGGCUCCAGGCCCACUGAUCCUGCAGCCCCUGCUCCGUGUGGGGAGACCCAGCUCUCCGUGGUGCAGCUUCAAGGCUUCAGCCCUGUGCCAGGAAGGACAGCAGAGGCCAAGCCCCCCUUUGCAGGGCCUGGGCCUGCCCCAGAACCCCAGAACCCCAGGAUGUAG